GGGCCUCCAAUUCAGCCUGGAGAGUCUGAAUUGGAGUAUUAUUACCGCACCUACUCCCCGGGUCGCAGUAUGGUGUACCACCGACCCCCCUGGACUGUUAUGCAGGGGGAUGAUAUUUCUAACGACCCUGCGGCAUGUAGGGAGAUUUUGGGUGGUCUGGGGACCCCGUUUGAAGUCGAGCGUGCCCGUGCCGCGCCCCGAGAGCUGCGUAUUAACCAGCUUUCAUCGAUGCUGGUGGGGACUUCCAUUGUGGCUAAUGCCAUUUUGGAAGAUUAUAAGGUGCUGGGCCGUCGCGAGGAGGAGGCCACUCGUAUGCGGGCGGAAGCGGAGAAGUUAAUCGAGGCUGCUCGUGUGGGUGCGGAGCGGCUCGAGAAAGACAAGGCUGCUUUUGAAAAGCAGAAGCAGACUUCUGAGUGGGCUGCCACUGCCCAGCUGAAACAGGUGCGUACCCUUGCUAAACUCCUUGCUGAUGAGCGCAAGAGUUGGAACGAAAAGUUGUCCAAUGAGCGCAAGAAAUGGAAUGAAUCUUGGGCUAAGCAGAAUAACGUUCUGUUUCAUACUCGGCAGGAGUUGGCGAAUGCCAAGGCAGCGAAUGCUACCUUGAGCCAAGAGAAGGCUGCGGCCGAGGCCAUUUCUGUGAAGGCGCUGCAGGCGAAGGCCGACGCCUUGAAGGCCCUUGAAGAGGCCAAAGAAGCCGGGGCUCGUGCCUCAAAGGCCUAUGAAGAGGCCGCAGAGAAGGAGAGCCGUGCUUCUAAGGCUCUUGAAGAGGCGAAUGCGGAGCGCAUUCGUUUAGGCAAAGUUGUUGAAAGCCUGCAGGCUGAGGUGCAGGCGCGGGAGGUCGCGGUUACGGACCUUACUGCCCGCGUGUCUGCUGCGGAGCAGCGGGCCGACGCUGCCACUGAGGCCAAGGAUGCCUUGGUGUCCUCUUUUAACCAACUGGAAGCUGACCGGGAAAUAACUGAAAAUACCAUCAGAACAGCUCUUCAACUCAAUGAUAAUAACAAUGUUCUGAUGUUCUCAGAAGAUGAGAUUGAAGAAACUUUGGAGCACAUGGGGUACAAUCCUGAAAAUGAUCCCAAAGCAAUCAACAAAAAUGGUUUCAUCAAACCAUGGCAGUUUCUAAUCACUCAACUGGGUGCAUGCUUCUCGAGGAAAACCAUAAAUCAUCAUGAAGCAUCUAACAAGUUGUUAGAAAUUUGCCGAGCUGUCAUAUUGAAAGUUUCUUACAACUUCUCUUAUUAUCUAAUGAGAGACUUUGCAAGCAACAUGUGGUCAAGCAGACCAUUUUUUAUGUAUCCACGCUUUCUAAUGAAAAUAAUCACAAGUCAGCUGGACUUUGGUGGAAUUCCUGCUGGUUAUCAAAGAGCAGAGUUGAUUCUUCAGCAAAAUACAAGCAUAGCUUUACUUAGACCAACAAAUAAAAAUUUUGGUUUAGUAACCAAACAAUGGGUACUACUUGAGAUUGAAUAUGGAGAUGGAAUAGAUAUUGAUUAA